CAUUGUAUUUUUAUGAUAGAUUAAAAGGCGAGUAAGCUGUGCCUCGCUCGGAAGUAUACAGAUUUGAGGAAGUGAUAGGGCAUUAGUGGCGGAAGAGGUGGAGCACGUGAGUUUUGUAUGAGGGCCGUGCUGUGGCUCGGAGGACACAUUUGUUCACUGACUGCUUUGCAGGCUGGAGAGGUGCUGCAAUCAUGGUGGAGCCGCAGAGCUCUAGCCGCUUUAUGCCACAGGUUGAAUCAGAGCUGUAUUUCUUAAUUGCUCAUUUUCUUUCAAAAGGACCCUGUCGGAGAUCAUCUGAGGUUCUCAUACAGGAGGUGAAUGAAUACCAGCUGCUUCCUAAGCGAUUGGAUUGGCUAGGAAAUUCACAUGCCAGAAGUUAUGAAGAAAUGGUUUUGAUGAACAAACAUGUCACUACUGACCAUUUACUACAAAUAUGCCAACACAUGGCUUCUCUUCUUGACAAAACCUCUUCACCCAAUACUUCUAAAACAAGUUUUGUCCUGUCUUCUGGGAAUCAGACUUUACUGCGGACACUGAAAGAACGCAAGAAUGGUACAUGGAGGAAGGAGAGAUUUGCAGCACUACACAGAGGAAGACCACCUGAAAUGCCAGUUAAUUCUAUUGGGCCACCAAAUGUCGUGGAUGUUCAUUAUGGGAAACACCUCACUGGAACUGUCCGUUUUACAUCUGCAUUUCCCGGAAACCUUUAUCAACACAUAAAGAUGCACAGGCGAAUCCUUGGUCACCUGUCUGCUGUUUACUGUGUUGCAUUUGACCGCACUGGUAAAAGGAUUUUUACUGGUUCAGAUGACUGCUUGGUGAAGAUCUGGUCAACUUAUGAUGGACGGUUACUUGCCACUUUAAGAGGUCAUUCAUCUGAGAUUACGGAUAUUACUGUGAACUAUGAAAAUACCUUGAUUGCUGCUGGAAGCUGUGAAAAGGUUAUCAGAGUUUGGUGCCUUAGAACUUGUUCUCCGAUUGCAGUGCUUCAAGGUCAUUCUGGAUCUGUUACCUCAUUGCUAUUCAGUCCUAUGGUGAAAGGUUCUGUGAGAUACCUGGUCUCAACUGGUGGUGAUGCAACGGUUUGCUUCUGGCAGUGGGAUGUGGACACCAUGCAGUUCAAUAAUCGCCCCUAUUAAGUUUAUUGAGAAGUCCUGGUCCCUGGAGCUCGAAUGCUUUGUUGUUCAUAUAGUAUUGGUGGUAUGUUCCUUGUGACAGGAAGCACAGAUCAUGCCAUAAGGAUGUAUUAUUUUGGUUCUGAAACACCUGAAAAAAUGGCUGAACUUGAAGGCCACAAUGGUAUAGUUGACAGUGUCCAGUUCUCAAACAGAGGAGAAAGGUUUAUAAGUGGAAGCACCGAUGGAACAGCGAGAAUAUGGUAUUUUAAACAGGAAUGGAAAAGUAUUGUGCUUGAUAUGACUACACAGCUGGCUGAUGGUUUUGCUGAAACCCAGUUUACGAAACCAAAAGUUCUUUCGAUCGCAUGGGAUCAUUUAGAUACCAUGGUUUUUACUUCAGGUAGUGAUCAGCUUCUGAAAGUGUGGGAUUCCAAGACUGGGAACUUGCUUCGUAUCAUGAAGGGUCACCACAGUGACAUUUAUGUUUUGGAACCUCAUCCACUUGAUUCCAGGAUAAUGGUAUCUGCUGGUCACGAUGGACGCAUAUUUAUAUGGGAUGUAACAAAGGGUACAAAAACAAAGUACUACUUUAACACGAUAGAAGGGCAAGGCCAUGGUGCUAUUUUGGACUGCAAAUUAUCUAAUGAUGGACACCACUUAGUUAGUACAGAUUCACAUGGACAUCUUUUAAUUUUUGGAUUUGGUUGUGGAAAACUAUAUGAAAAGAUUCCAGAUCAAAUGUUUUUUCACACAGACUAUAGACCUCUCUGUCGCGAUGGGAAUAACUUUGUGCUUGAUGAACAGACACAGCAAGCUCCUCAUCUAAUGCCACCUCCAUUUCUGGUGGACGUUGAUGGCAAUCCACAUGCACCAAAAUAUCAACGUCUUGUACCAGGAAGGGAGAAUUGUGCAAAUGAACACUUGAUUCCUCAGUUGGGAUACAUGGAAACAAGUGAUGGUGAAGUUGUGGAGCAAGUCAUUGGACAACAAACGAACUGGGAUCUUCAGAAUUAUGCUUAUCCUUCCCUGGAUGGGGGUUUGUUGCCUCCGGAGAUUUCAGUUGGACAACAUCACGACUUUAGUUUACGUCAAUCAUCAGGGGGCAACAAAGAUGGACAGGUUGAAGGUGUCCGUCAAAUGCAUCAUAAUUCCCUUCGGAGUCAGAUUGCCACUGAACGGGAUCUUCUGGCUUGGAAACGCAGAGUGGUUGUACCAGAAGCACCACCUAGUUGGAACAGGCAGGAAGAGGAGUAUAGAUCUGCAAAAGGAGAAGAGGAACGUGCUCUCUACACAAAACACAAGCGAAGGAAGCAACACUUUGAAACCUACCAUGAGGAGUCGGAACGCCCACAUCGGAAGCUUAAAUACCAAAGUAGAAAGUCACAUGGUGUUGUGGAACAGUUUUUUGAUUUGUCUUGUGAAGAAGGUGAAGAAACAUCUGAAUCAAGCAUAUCUGAAGCACUGGAGGAAAACCAAACUGUAAAUUCAAGUUCUGUGUGCUCUGCCAAUGAGGAAGAUUGGACAAAUGAAAAUGACAGCUCCAGUGAAUCUUCCAGUGAGUACUCAGAUUGGACAGAGAAUGCAGGAAAUAAUCUCCAGCCUCCUAGCCGCAGCUCCAUACGCCGCAGGGUACAGAGAUUGGCUAGUACCUCAGAUGAUGACAGUUCUGCUGAAGAGAAAUCUCCUCCAAAAAAGAGAGUACCAAAGCCCCAAAGUAAUAGUGAGGUGGUGAGAAGUCCACAAAGGCCUCCCUUAGACAGAGAUACGUCUAAUGAAUGCCGUCCACCAGUAUGGAUAACAGAUACAGCACCUCACAGGUCUCCUUUUGUACCUCAAAUGGGAGAUGAGGUCAUCUACUUUCGUCAAGGUCAUGAAACUUAUAUUAAUGUUGUAAAAAGAAAUAACCUUGGCAUUUCAAACCUGCUGAAGGAACCAUGGAAAAAAAUCAUGCUUAGGGACCAGGAACUGGUGAAAAUUGUUGGAAUGCGAUAUGAGACUGGUCCUCCCACUUUAUGCUGUCUCAAACUCAGCCUGAUAGACCAUGUUAGUGGAAAACUCACAAACCAGUCUUUUUCUGUCAAAUACCAUGACAUGCCAGAUGUAAUCGACUUCCUAGUGUUACGCCAGUUUUAUGAACAUGCCCGUGAAAGAAACUGGCAACCUGGUGACCGGUUUCGUUCAGUAAUUGAAAAUGCCUGGUGGUUUGGGACAGUGCUGAGUCAAGAACCAUAUCAAUCAGACUACCCAGAUAGUCUCUUUCAAAGUUAUUCUGUGAGGUGGGACAACACAGAAAUAGAGAGACUGAGCCCUUGGGAUAUGGACAUCUUACCUGAAGAUGUCCUUCAGCCUGAGGAACUGGGAGCAAGUGUUUCAGUGACUCCAGAUGAGCUUGAUAACUUGUUGUACAAACCUCUACAAGGAGAGUGGGGCAACAGGACCCAAGAUGAAGAAUGUGAACGUAUUAUCAAUGGAAUCGAUCAGCUUCUCAACUUGGGUAUCGCUUCUGCCUUUGCUGCUCCUGUUAAUUUGCAAGUCUACCCAACCUACUGUAUGGUCGUUGCUUAUCCUACAGAUCUCAGUACAAUACGAAUGAGGCUUGUCAAUCAUUUUUACAGGAGGAUCUCUGCUUUAGUCUGGGAAGUGCGAUACAUUGAGCACAAUGCAAUGGCCUUCAAUGAACCAGAAAGUACUAUUACAAAAGCUGCAAAAAAUGUUACAGAAUUGCUGCUGAAGUUUAUCAUGAACAGUGACUGUACCAAUAUAACUGAUCUGUGCAAUACUAAAGAAGUAGAUGAACUUGAAUCCCAUGUGGAACAGGAUUACACAGAGAUAAUAGAAACACCAAUGGAUUUUGGAACUAUAAAGCUAAGAUUCCAGGAUGGAAAAUACAGCAGCCCGCUUGAGUUAUGCAAUGACAUGAGAUUGGUUUUUUUGAACGCUAAAUUGUAUACACCAAACAAACGAUCAAGGAUCUACAGUAUGGUAUUAAGGCUUUCUGCGUUAGUUGAGGAAAAAAUGAAGGUUAUUAUCUCAGAAUAUAAAGCUACCAGUAAAUCUAAGAAAACAUUUCAAAAGGAAGGUCAUCCUUAUAGUACAAGGAGAAAAGUAUCUAACCGGGCUCGACAAAAGAGGAAAUCCUACAGGAAGGAAAAGCAAAGACCUUUGAUGUCUUCAUCCGAAAAUGAAUCUGAGCUAGAACAAUCAUCACUAUCUACCUCAAGUGGAGUAAACAGUGUUUCUCGCAAAACCACCAUAGCAACAAAAACUGUGAGAGGAUCUCAGAGAGAAUCUGCUAGCAAUACACACCCCACUGGAAGCAAUGAUCCAAGUUUUUCUCUAUCAGAAAGUGAAACUGAAGAUCAUUUUUCAACAUCCUCUACGUCUUCAUCUACGCAUUCCUCUGAUUCCUCCUCAUCCAAGAGCUCAAAAGAAACUGAAUUCAGUAAUCACUCUGCUUCCUGUACUAACAACUCAGGAGUUAAUGGCUUUAAAAAGGCUAUGGGACCCAGUGAAAGACAGAGUAGUUCUUUCCUUAAGUACAAAGCAUCUCAGGGCACCAACCGCAUGAAACGGAAUUCAAGUGGAAGGAGAUACGUCACAGAUUCAGAUGAACAUCUCACAAACAAAAAUUCUUUUGAGAAUAGACCUCAAACAAAGAAGAAAAUACUUCGCAAGAGUGCUGCUCUGGCAGCUAAUAAGAUCCGGUGUAUGAGUGAUGUUGAAGAUUUAUUGACCUCUUCAGACAGUGAUUGCAGUGCAAGUAAAAACUGCAGAACUUUACCUCACCGAACAGCUGCUGCAGAAGCUAAAAAGCGCCUUCUCGGUGACACUGAAGAAGAGAAUGGCUUGAGUAGCAGUGAAAAAGAAACUAAAACGGAGACCAUUGCAAGAAAUUCCAAUGCUAUGUUGGUAAAGAAAAAAUUUGCAAACAUCACUUCAUCUAGCUCUGAUGAGGACAGUACUGCAAGAAAAAAGAAAAACGUAUUACUCCUCCAAACAGCUACUGCAGAUACUAAAGAAUAUAUCCCGGAAGACUCUGAUGAUGAGGAGAGAGAUUCAAGAUAUAACCAAAAAAAGUUAAAAAAGAAAUCAACUGCGCAAAAGAAAUAUCGGUUUUCUACUUCCGGUAGUGACUGCAGUGAAAGCAAAGCUAAUAGAAAUUUACCCCGGAGAGCAGCUGCUGUAGAAGCCAAAAAGCACUUUCUGGAUGAUUCAGAGGAAGAGUGUGGUAUCAAUGAGAGUGAAAAAGAAACUAAAUUAAAGUCCAUUGCAAAACAUCCCCUUUUAAAAAUGCUUUCUAGUGCAAGUGAUAAGUCCAGCAAUAGUUCAAAUUCUCCUUCUCCUAAUCCAUCCGUAGAAGGGGAAUUGUUUGAGGAAGAAGAAUUAAAUGGUGAAUGUUCCGAUGAAGCGUGCUUUUCAGACUCGACUCCACCUCCAGCAACAGCGUUUCAUCAGAAUUCUAGUGAUUCAGAAUCUGAAUCUUCCUUUUCAGAAAGUGACUGCAGAAUAUUUGGUGCUGGUAGGAAGAAGCAGUCAGCCACAAACCAGAAAUUUUGCAGGAAAAAAAAUAGAUUGAGCAACGUCCACUCUAAUUUACAGCCUAGCAGAGCACUGCGCAAAAACACAAAAUCAAUAUGUCAUGGGAGGUCUUUGGAAGCUGAUUCAGAUUCUUGGUCUGAUAUAAAGGAAAAAAAUGUACGCAAAAGGAAAAUCUUAGCAACUGAUACAGAAGAGACUUCAGAUUCUGCCCGAGAAGAAGGUAGUAAUUGUAGGUUUUCUAGCUCCUCAGAAAAUGAAGUAUCAAAGUCAAAAUCAAAAAAUUAUGAUUCUUUCUCAGACUCAGAGUCGUCGUCUUUGUCAGACUCUAGCACUAGCCAUCGCAACAACAUGAAUGAAAAAAAUGUUGCUGUAAAGACAAAGAUGUCUAAACUAAAAAGGAAAUUGGCACAAAGUAGCUGUGAUGAUGACUGGGAAGAACAGGAGUAUGGGAAACAAAAGAAACUUGCCCGUCAUACUAACGUACGUACAAGAAAUCAAGGAAAAAGGACUGUGCAGUAUCGUGAUGAUGAUAAUGACGACAAUGCUAAUCAAAGUGAAGAAAACCUGAAUAAUCACAGUCUUUCAAGACCUAGACGCUUAAGGAAGAAGGCUCACUAGACAUGUGCCAGACAAUUCUUAUUGGCUCUGGAUUCCGAUCAUUUUUUUUUCUUUCUUAUUAAACAAUUGUCCACAAAUUCAGGGAAUAUAUUUAUAUUUUUCUACUUAGUGAUAUAUGAAUGUGACUUAUUUUGACUUGCACUUAAAAUUAUUAGCAUUUAAAAACAGAUGCCAACCAGUGCCUCCACAAGGGGUGAUCAUUAUCUGAAGACAAAUUUGAAACUGCUGAUUUCAUAGUUUUUUUUCUAAUACUAGGGCAUUUAAGUUCUAGAAUUGCCCUUUCAUGACUGUAUUGCACACUGUGCUUUACAAACUUAAUUUCAGUAAACUGAAAUCUACAUGGUUAGAUUUAUUUCAGAAAGAUGGCAAAAUGAUUUAGCACAAUUUUAUUCUGCCAUGCUUUUUUAUUUAAAACUUAGUGAUAUGAAACCCCAAAAAAUUAUUUUGCGAUUCAGACAGAGCAUACAGUUUCCAAUUUACUAAUAUGAAAUUUGCUACGUUCCAAUUUAUUUUGUGUUGGUAACAUUCUUGCAAAACUGCUGCCAUAUAGGUGCUCAAGAUAUGGGCUGGCUACUAAGCUUACCUUCCUGCCUUUUAAAAAAAAAUACCAGGAGAACAAAGAAAAAUUGAUAAUAGAAGUAAAAUUAGAAAGUUGUUUAAAAUUGCAUGCUCUAUCUGAAUCAUGAAAGAAAAUUUGUUUCAUAUCCCUAUAAACACUAGAUUCCUUACAAGGGUACCACAACUAGUAUUAAAUCCCAUAAUGUGCUCAAUUCAGUUUUGUAUGAAGAACUAUUUCAUGAACACUGUGAAACUGAAAUGUUUGACUGUAAACAUAUUCUUGCUUUGUAACUUAUUCAUGUGGCUGCUUUUCAAUUUUUGGAGUUUGUCAAAGAAAGUUUUUAUGCCUUUGAAUAGAUCAUUAACAUAGUUUACACUCAUGUUUUUGGCAGUCAUUUUUAUUUAUUAAUUAAUUUACUGUUUAAAUUGAUAUUUACAUUUGUCUUCCAUUGUUUGCUGGAAAAAAACUACCUUCCUGAACCGCUGACAUAAGAUAUGUUUCAAAGUUAAAGAAUUGGUUUUCAGAUAGAUUAUUUAUGUGUUAGAAAUAAAACCAAGAUAUGCAACCUUCUACAGAAUGUUUAGAGAGAAUCCUGUUGCAAUGUAAAAUGUGAUGCAAAUGAGCUUUACUGUUCUAUGCAGCAAGCACACGAACACUGUUAAUCAUCCUAAGGAUGAGUGCUUUGUAACAAAUCCUUUGCCAGUUCAACUGAUUUUGCCAUUUAUUCUCCUUUUAAAGAGAAUGUGUGAGGAACCUAAUUAUUAAAUUAAACACUGUUCUCUUGCAUGUGUAUUUUUUAAAUUUUGUAAAACUGCACUUACACUGUUUAUAGUUCAGAUCUAAUUUAAACAUGCAAGUCUGCUUUUUUUUUUCAGUACCGUUUGUGUCCCCAGUUAAACAGUUUGCAAAUUGGUUGUUGAUCAUUUCACUGUAUUGAUUCUAUUGAUUUGGAGCAUGGUAGUAAAGGCUGUUGUUUUGUUGCA